UUAUGUGGCGAUUGCGUAUCUGACUCAAUAGUAAACUUUCAGUAAUAUUUUCAUAUUAUAGGUUUACAUGCAAAGCGUGCGUAGUUGAGGGUUUGCUAUUUGACCAAAAUUAUAUGAAAUAAACUAUUUUUUGCCAUUUGACAUUCAUCUUAACAUCGAGGUUAACUGUUUUUUCGUAAUUUUUAUUUAUUUCUUGAAAACGUUCUGAACGUUCAUAAGAACACAGCAUUUUGAGUUAUCAGUUUUUAUUGCAGGGGUUUGUCAAUCAAAAGUUUUUUUAUUGUUUAACAUUAAUUCAUUGCAAGUUUUUUACUGAUCUGAAUUUACAAUGGGCAAAAACAAAGGUCAGCGCACAAAAAAUAAUGCUCAACCAUCGAGUAGUAGUCGCAGUGCAGAAUUUUUGGGUGUUACUCCAGGUUUUAUUGGUUUCACAGCUGCUAAAGAUGGAGGAUAUGUUCCUCUAAUGCCAGGUCUAUCGCUCGAUCAGCCUGACUUGAGCAAUAUUGAACCAAAUUUUCAAGUGGUGUUUAAGAAAAUGAAUAAAAAAGAUUCUACCACUAAGUAUAAGGCAAUUCAAGAGUUUGCAAUAUUAUGCAAAGAUUUAGAAUUAUCAGAUGUAGAGAAUGUGUUACCUUUUUGGCCCCGAAUAUACUCUCAACUCUCACUUGACAUUGACCACAGAGUACGAGAAGCAGUGCAAGUGGCUCAUACCACUCUAGUGCAACGAGUUGGUAGAACCAUAGCUACAUAUCUGAAACAGUUAGCUGGUCCUUGGUUUGUAGCACAAUAUGAUACUUAUCCACCAGCUGCAUCCGCUGCAACUAAUGGUUUCAAUAAUACUUUUCCACCUCCAAAGUUUGUUAGUGCUAUAGUUCACUGUCAAGUCGAAAUACUCACUUAUAUUAGUGACAAUUUAAUUAUUUUAAGUCCCGAAUCACUUUCCACGAAUAAAUCUGUACCACCCGAAGAAAAAGAGGCAAAGUACGAACGAUUAUUAUGUUCUAGCUUACAAGCUUACAGUUUUUAUUUAAAAACUGUUGGAAACGAUAAUGUCGAAAAAACCAUAGAUUUUCAUAAAAAUUUAAUUUCUAAUAACAAAUUUUGGAAAUUAGCCAAACAUGAUGCUCUUCCAAUAAAAACUGGCUUCUUUAAUGUACUAAAUUCUCUCAUUUGUCACGCUAAUCAUAUUGUCAUUGAAGAAAGAAAAAAAAUUUUGACUUCAGUGAUCAAUAGCUUAGAUGAGUCAGAUCCAAAUUUAUUAAUUGCAGUUUGGGAAACUCUUUUAGUAGCAAUAAAUAAUAUAGAGGACUGGCAUAAAGUGAUAAGUAUAGAAAAAUUAGUAUUACCAAAAUUAUGGUCUGUUUUAAAAAAUGGAGGGUCAACAUGUGCAAGUGUUGUUUACCCAAGUUUAUUACCAUUCCUAAGUCAUUUUACAAAAUGUGAAAUUGAUAAAGAAAAUAUGUAUACAAAUUUUUUUGAAAAUAUGCGUCUUGGAUUUUCAGUUAAAAGUGUUAAGUUUAGCCGUUCUGAAACCUUUGCAGUUGUAACAUCAUUUGUAGAAUGUUUUAAAUAUGCAAUUUUAGUUAACUGCAUGGACACAAAGACCUGCAAAAACCUUUUGAUACAACAGUUAACACCUGUUAUAAGAAAUUGUAUUUAUGAAUGUACACCUUUUCGUUCACCUUUUUUUUGUGAACUAAGUCAUUUGGUACGUUAUUGGAGUAAGAAUAGGCAUAAUUCUGAUUAUCCUGCUUAUAAUGAACUAUUGAACACAUUUUGGUCUGAGUUGAUGAACAUUUUUGAUCAAUUGGUAGAUAGCGCAGAUACUGAUUACAAUACAACUGUAUCUGAUAUUAUUGAAUCCAUAGCUGAUCUAUUGAAUUAUCUUAAAAUUGCCCCCAGCCAUAACAGGCGUAAUAUGAAGGUUAAAUUUUCUGAUACAAUGAAUGCACCUACUUCAGAAAAGAUACAACAAUCACCAGCUAUUACUUGCCACAAUCAGGAUGUCGAAUUUUCAAAUGAUUUACAACAGCUUGUUACGAAGCUUUGUGUGGAUUAUUUUAAGCGAAUUAAUGAAAAUCCUUCAAAGCAUAAAAUUAUAAACCUUAUUAAAAUAAUUCAUGGUCAUGAAAAUGAGAAAUUAUUUGUUGCAUUAUCUAAAUCUUAUGACACAAAUGAAAAUUUGUUGCAAUUUUACAAUCAAUAUUUAAAACCAUUAAUGAGCUUAGAAAAUGAUGAAACUGAUGCCACAAUUGAUUUUAUAUUUAUUAUUAUAUCUUACAUGGAUAAUAUAGAAAAAAUACAAACCUUGAAAUCAUUCACAGAAGUAAAUAAUCAAAAAGUGUUGAAAUCUAUUUUAAAAUGUGCAAUAUCUGAACAGUAUAGAGAAGAUAUCAAUAUCCAAAAUUGGCUUAGACAAGACCGAAUUGCAAGUGCUUUAGUUUCUGCAUCUACAUCAAUAUCAUCUUCAAUGUCAUUCUCAGAGGCUGAUGAAAAAUUGUUGAAGUGUGCAUUCAAACCAUUAAUUAAUGGAGAUUUGAUAGUCAGUGGUAAAGUCAUUUCGGAAAUAGUAUCAAAAUUAUGCUUGACUCUAACACAAGUAUCAAGAAACCAUGAAAAAGAAGUUGCAAGAACCACAAAAUUAUUAUCAGAUUUAUUAUAUUUAUCAUGGACUCACAGAGAUAUUAAUCCAUAUUCGAUUCAACUGUUAAAAACUUUGUUUCAUUUAAACAUACGUGAAGUAAUAGAAAAAACAGAUGAAGAAGAAAUGUCUUCUGUUUUGGAAAUAGCACAAAAAACUUGGACUGAAGGAUUAUUGGAAUUAAGCAAUAAAAUACCACAAGAUGAGUUCAUUGAACAUGUUAAAUACUUAUCCAGUACAAUUUGGAAAAUAAUUGACUUUUCAGAUGAAGUUUUGAAAGAUUCAAUUGUUGAAUUAUCCUCUAUUUUUGUUGAGAUCAUCAUUAAAUGUGGUGAAAAAUAUUCAACAAAUUUCAUUACGACCUUUCUAACAGAAUUAGAAAUAAAAAUGUGGAUUCAGUGUGCCAUUAAGCUAAUAUGCUAUGGAGAAGUAUUAUCAGGCAACCUACAUUCUUCAAAUUUGCUCAUUAAAGGGCUAAUAUGGGAAAAUUCGUAUAUUAUUGAUCUACAUGAAAAUCAGCUUGAAGAUACUACUCAUAAAUGUUUGAAGUGGGCUGUGAUAAUUAUAAAAAUUUUAAAUAAUUUACUGGCUAAAAAUUUAGACAUUCCAGAACUUUCAGAUUUGUUAAUUAAUUUAUCUUAUAUAGCUGCAUUAGGAGAAAAUCAUAACAAACAUUAUAGUUGUACAAUGAAUGCAAAUAUUGUUCACCAAUUGCUCAAUAAACUUUACCAAGAACUGGAAGAAUUGAAAAAUACUCUUCCAGAAGAUGUUCACAUUGAAUUUUUUGUAGCUGUUAAACAGUUGAUUAUUAAGUAUGGAGGUUUUUAUCCAAAUAUUUUAAAGUUCUAUCAUGAAUAUUUAUAUUCUAAAAAUGAUCUUUCAAUGUUAUUUGAAAAUGAAAAAUUCAAUGAUGUCAAUACACUAUUGCAAAGUACUCAGGUUCUAAAAGAUUGUGAAAUUUUAUAUGAAUACUUAUUGUCUUGCUACGAUGAAAGUGAUUUUCAAACAUUUUUUAUUGCGAAUCAUCAAAUGGAAACAAAGCAAGUUUGUGAUUCAUUGAAUAAAUCUUUUGAUACAUUAUCAAAGCUACAGAAUAAACCGUCCGUUUUACUGUUAAAUAGAAGUAUAACUGUAAACGCAUGGGAAAAGUAUAUUCUUCCAUUAGAAUGUAUUAAUUUUCUAACUAACUGUGUUACUAUAAUACCCACACAACUCAAUACUAUUCAGUGGGAUAAAAUUCUAUUAUGCCUUAGUACAUGGAGUGAUUCUUUGGGAAGUACUAUAAAAAAUUUGCACAAUUUCGAAGUAAAAGCUUUUGUCAUUGCUGUGAGUAAACUGUAUACAGCUAUUCAAGCAUUAAUGAAUAAACAAGAAAAGCAUCCUGUAAAUUUACCUCCAAAGCUUCUAGAUGAAUGGAAAAACGUAUUUGCAUCUGAAUUACAAGAAUCUUUCUUUGAAUAUUGGAUCGAAUUUGCUGAACUUUACAAUUUGGAAGACUCGGUUAUGGAUAACAUUUUACCAUUGAAGUAUUUAGGAAAGACAUUGCAAAAUUUGAGAGAGAAUAUUUUUGAACUUAAGACAUCCAGAAUAAAACGUUUCUCACAAGAUGAAAUUUUGAAUUUAUCUACAAAAUUAAUUUCGUCGCCAAUCAUGAACUUGCAAUUGGGUACCUUCAUAACAUUAAGUAACAUUGCAAAAACAUUUGUUGCAUGUGAUAAAAAACUGAUCGAAGAAGAAGAUUUUAACACCUCAUCAUUGAACAUAUGCAAGUUAAAAAAUGUUCUAAAUUCAUUACAGGCUGUUGUUGAUACUAUGCUUAUGGAAUUCAAACUUGGUGAUUCUCAGAGUUUUGUUAUUCAACCGCACACUGACUCAUACACUUAUACUGUUGGUUAUUUGUUUACUUGGGGUAUCAUUUUGACCAUGUGUGCUGAAGCAAAUGCAGAUUUACGUUAUCAUUAUGCUGACGUGUUGAGGGACGGGUUUUUCUCGAGUUUAUUGAGCAAUUUAUUUCGUCUGAUGCCAUCAGAAAUUCUGCAUGAUAAAAAUAAAAGCGCCAGAAUAACAGAACUUUUCACUAAAAUGCCAUCUCUAGAUUUUGAAGAAAAUUGGAGUGAAAGGAGGCUCGAUCACUGGGUUUGUUGGCUUUAUACAAAUUGUCUUCGAUAUUUACCUGUAAUUGUUAGGCAAUGGUGGAGCACAGUAGACAGCCGUACCAGUUCUGUCGUAGAUAAAGUAACAACUUCUUAUGUUUCGCCAAUUUUGUGCAAUGAAGAAUUUCGAGAUGAGAGAUUUUCUGAUUUAAGCAAUAUGCAGAUAAAAGUUCAUCCAUCAGUUCGCGAGGUUGUGGCUUUAUAUAAUAUAGACGAUGAGUCAAAAUUGGAACUCAUAAUCAAACUACCGUCAAAUUAUCCUUUAGGUACAGUUGAUGUUGAACCUGGACAAUAUAGUGGACCUACAAAAUGGAGAAAUUGUCACUUGCAACUUUCUAUAUUUUUAACUCAUCAGAAUGGUUCGAUCUUUGAGGGAUUGAAGAUUUGGAAAGCCAACAUUGAUAAAAGAUAUUCAGGAGUUGAGGAAUGUUGUAUAUGUUUCAGUGUUUUUCAAAUUAACACUUAUCAACUUCCUCAUCUUACGUGUUCAACUUGCCGAAAGAAGUUCCAUAAACAAUGCCUUUACAAGUGGUUUAGUACUAGUCAGAAAUCGACUUGCCCUAUCUGCAGAAACACUUUUUAAACUUGUGAAAAGUCUUGUUGAUUAAUUUUAAAUUCAUUCAACUAUUGUAUUAUAUUAUUGUAUAAAUUAAAGUUAUUUUUA